UUCAGGAGCGCCAUGGAGUGCAGAGCUGUUCCCAUUCUCCCCACCUACUCACAAGCCUGUGGUACUUCUAUGCCCCGGAAACCCUCACUCUGCCGCACUCUCUUCGACUACGGACCUCUGAAUGACCCAGUGAUCAUACUCAUCACGCUAGCCGUCGUAGUUGGAUCCUUUUGCCUGCUCAGCGGUUUCAUACUGCUCUGUGUUGUGUCGAAAGCCUGGCAGGAUGAGACAUCCGAGGCCAUUCUUCUGAUGGCGAUUGGCUUCUUCAUCACGGCUUUGUCCUGCGUAUCGUGGAAAUUGACACGAGCUCAGCGAAUUUCCCAACUGGUGGAUGCCCUCGGCGUAGAUACCCAAACACUUUAGCUUGGAAGUAUCUACAGUGUAACAUUUAAAAAAUACGAAGGUGCCAUUAAUUCCAAUAUACUUGAUAAGGCCAAAAAAAGGACUACUGCGGAGUAACAUUGAUCUUCAGUUGUUUUUCCUAUUGGCUUAUGUUAAAGUAUAUAUACCGGCAUUAUCUUAUCAAUGUGGCCUAUUUAAUAAUCUCCCUUGCGUUAUAAAUAACUUGAGAGUGGACAUGACAAGAAAUUAACCAAUUCGUAGUAAGGAAAUAAAAGUGAUAUUUUAUUA